AUGAGGUUCAUUGCCCUUGUAUUCCUGGUUGGUGCCCUGGCCAUUAUAGCUGUGGAAUGCAACUCUGAAGGGGAUGCUCUUAAUGUAUUCAAACUUAACAUGGUAGACCCAAACAAUGUGCUUCAAAGUUGGGACCCAACUUUGAUCAACCCUUGCACAUGGUUACAUGUCACCUGCAACUCCCAAAAUAGUGUUGUAAGAGUGGAACUAGGUAAUGCUAACCUCUCUGGGACCUUGGCACCUCAGUUGGGAAUGCUAAGCAAUCUUCAAUACUUGCAAAUUCAAAAUAACUCAAUUAGUGGAGCAAUCCCAAUUGAAUUAGGGAACCUAACAAAGCUAGUGAGCUUGGGGUUACAAAAUAACAAGCUCAGUGGUCACAUUCCAUCAUCUCUUGGCAAUUUAAAAUCCCUAUGUUGGAUGAGAUUGGAUAAUAAUAAAUUAUCAGGGGAAAUUCCAAUUUCCGUCUUGAAGCUAGUCUUGUGGGGCAAUUUGGAGCUUAUGAAUGUUUCAGACAAUAAACUGGCUGGGACUGUCCAUCGAAGUAACAAAACAGGAUUUGCAAUUACAACAAUUGUUCAAGACGUCAAGGCCUAAAUCAGGUUACUUGUCAACUUGUGGAAAUAUUGGAUUAUCCUGCCAAGUUGCAGUACUAUAAAUAUUUAUGUGAUUGGAAUAUAUGUACGUAAGAAAAACAAUUACAUUAUUACUUGUAAAUAUUGGUGUUGUUGAUACUUGAUUUUGAUACAAUUCUGUUAAGUCUAUAUACAUUUUACUCUCUCCUAAUCUUCUAUAGAAUAUGUUGUUGUUACUUGUAUUGU